AUGUAUCGUUUACUUCUAAUUAUUAUUUCCGUAAUAGAAAUCAAUUCGCAAGAAGUCGUUAUUUUAUCGAAUGUCUUGGACAGUGCAAAUACGCCUAUUAAAGUUAUCGAAGCUGACGUUUUUCUUAUGGAACACAAGUUCUUAAAUGAAAAUGUAAAAAUACAAUUGUACUAUGAAUGCUUGUGUCCGGACUGCAGGAAAUUUGAUACAACAGUGUUUGCACGAGUAUACAACAUUUUACAAAACUACCUCGAUGUUCACACGUAUCCAUAUGGCAAUGCACAGACUAUCACCCAUGCUGACGGCACCGUAGAUUUUGAAUGUCAACACGGAGUGGAGGAAUGUUACGGCAACAUGUUGCACGCAUGUGCCAUAGACAUAUUGGCUAACACCACAGCUUCCAUAGAGUUCAACAUGUGCCUGAUGGACUACAAGAAUGGUGAACAGGGAUCCAACGAUGCUACAGCUGAUAAGUGCGGUGAACUAUUAAAUAUUAAAGUAGAAAGCAUCAAGAAAUGUGCGAAAGGGGAUAAAGGAAAGGACCUGCUGAAAUAUUACGGCGACGAAAGUCAUAAAGUCCAUUACAACUACGUACCGUACGUCCUCAUCAACGGGGUGGAAUGGAACCAGGACACUGAAACUGAUUUCAUGAAAAGAGUUUGUCAAGCGUUUAAAAUACCGCCUCCACCUUGUGAGGGUGCAUAUAACUUGAGUAAUUAG